CCCUUGUGCUCCUCACUCAUUCAUUCAUUCAUUCAUUCAUUGGUGAAUUAAAAUUUUCUUGACUACCCCACCACGUUCCCACACAGAGUUAGGCCCUGGGGACAGGACAAUGGGGAAGAGGAAAGCACUGUCUAUCCUCAUAGCCCUGGCACACUGGGCCAUUUCUAGUGCAAGGGCCUUGGCGUCGUCACACUGUCCUAGGAAGGGGUCUCAUGCCCUUCCUGACCCCAAGUUAUAAUCCCCUUUCUCCCUGUUGAGUAGACCACUCUCAGUCACUCACGUUGCCCUGGGGCUUUUGACAUCCUGCUCCCGAGCAGAAGCCACUGGCCCAGAGCAGAGGUGUCAGGGGACUCAGAGUCCUGUUGUCAUCUACACCACCUGUGAAGACUUCUGUCCCCCUCCCUCCCGGGCCCAUGACAAGGCCUAUGAUGGUGAGUGGAGAUGUGCACAUAGGGGGUCUGUGUUGCAGUAGAGAGAGGCCAGGCUCUAGCAUCAGAGAGAACUGGGUUUGAAUUCAGGGUCCAGGACUCCAAGGCUGUGUGGUCUUCAGGAAGAAUCUUAAUCUCUGGAAGAAUCCAUUUCCCUUUCCCAUACAAUUCGACAGUAAUUUCCACAUCAGGUGGCCAUGAGGGUCAGUGAUCAUACAGCAGGUGCUCAAGUCUUGUUUUGUUUCCAGGUCCACAACUGGAGGGUUUCUGAGCACGGAUACAACUGUCACAGCCUGGGAGACACAAUUCACACCAACAAAUGGAAGUGCCUGGGCCUUUGAAGCACUGGAGAUGAAGAUCCUAAUCCUGGAAUGGCUGACACUCAUCAUUGUCCUGGCCGGGCUGGCGGGAAACGCGGUGGUGCUCUGGCUGCUGGGCGUCCGCAUAGGGAGGACCACCUUCUCCGUCUACAUGCUCAGCCUGGCCGGGGCCGACUUCCUCUUCCUCUGCUGCCAGAUUUUACAUUGCCUGUGUUCACUUCCCAUCUUCUCUUUUGGCUUCCCUAAAAUAUGCAGGUUUUUCAUCCCGGUGUUAUUCUUUUUCUACAUCGCAGGCCUGAGCAUUCUCAGCGCCAUUAGCACAGAGCGCUGCCUGUCUGUCCUGUGGCCCAUCUGGUAUCGCUGCCGCCGCCCCAGACACACGUCAGCCAUCAUGUGUGCCCUGCUCUGGGCCCUGUCCCUGCUGCGGAGCAUCCUGGAAGGGGAUUACUGUGGAUUCCUCACUGGGCAUCUACAUCUUGUUUGGUGUCCAGUGUUGGAUUUCAUCACUGCCGCCUGGCUGAUUUUGUUAUUUGUGCUUACCUCUGGGUCCAGCCUGGCCCUGAUGACCAGACUGCUGUGUGGCUCCCAGCGGGUACCGCUGACCAGGCUCUGUGUGACCCUCAUGCUCACAGUGCUGGUCUUCCUCCUCUGCGGCCUACCCGUGGGCAUCCACUGGUUCCUCGUAUUCUGGUCACAAAUUCGUUCAGAUGCCUUCUCUCAUAUUUCCCAGGUUGCCAAUACCCUGUCCUGUAUCAACAGCUCUGCCAACCCCGUCAUUUACUUCUUCGUUGGCUCCUUUAGGCAGCGAUGGCAGAAGCGGCGACAGACCCUGAGGCUGCUUCUCCAGAGGGCUCUGCAGGACACUCCUGAGGGAGAAAGCCUUCCUCAGGAAGCCCUGGAGAUGUCGUGAGCAGUCUGGGCCAGUGACACGGGCCUCUGCCCUGGUGGGUCAGAAGUGACUCAGAGACUCAAUGCUGCCCUGUCAGGCUUGGAAAUUAUCUAGUCUUCUCCCAGCCCCAGCCUCAGAAUGCUUCAGUGAUUCCCCAGUGUCUUCAAAUUGGUUGUUUUUACUCUGGCCUUUGUAGUUUCUCUCAGAGAAAGCAUUAGUCCGAAAGUUAUUGCUCUCCGUCAUUCCUGACAUUACCAAUAAAUUUCUCAGGUAAUCUUCCUUUGAAUUUCUUUAUUGAAUGUAUUGAGUGCUCUUUCUCUACAAGUGGUUCAGGAAAGUCUUCUUGAAAUACUUGGAAUUUGAACUUAUGACUCUACAGUUUACAGAGCAAGUACCCUGUUUCAGUUUGGCGAAUCACACCAACCUUUUCAGACAGGUGAGAAAAGAUAAACCAUAACUGGACAAAUGGAAAAGGGAAAAGAGGCAAUUCAUAGUGCAUUGUUAACAAAAGUACAAAGAGUGUUUAAGAAAUGGUGAUCAGUAUGCAAAUAAGUUUCAUUCCCUGUGACAUCUCAAAUACGUGGUCAUGGUUGCUAGAUCCCUCUUAAGAAGGAUCAUGCCUGGCA